UCGUCGUCGGCGGUCAGGUCAAAUAAUAGACGACGAACCAACCCCGCAUCAUCCCGCCGGUCGCACGCGGCCUAUCAUCAAUCAAAACACGCGCCACCACUAUCAACAUUUCCUUAAAUUGAGUGAUUGUUUCGUGGGCUCAUGGUAAUCAUGACGAAAGGUCGUAUUGAACUUGGUGAAGUUACUCAACACAAUAUUAAGCAACUGAAGAAAUUGAAUCAAGUUGUGUUUCCAGUGUCGUACAAUGACAAAUUCUACAAGGAUGUGCUGGAUGUUGGAGAAUUAGCCAAAUUAGCAUAUUACAACGACAUAGUGGUUGGAGCAGUUUGCUGUAGAAUAGACAUAUCAGAAGAAGGUUCCAGAAGGCUGUAUAUAAUGACGCUAGGUUGCUUGGCUCCAUACAGACGACUAGGAAUAGGUACUGUGAUGUUGAACCAUGUACUGGACUAUUGUAAACACGAUGGAAAUAUUGAAAGUCUUUUCUUGCAUGUUCAAAUCAACAAUGAUAGUGCUCUUGAUUUUUACAAAUCUCAUGGGUUUGAAGUUGUUGAAACAAAGGAGCACUACUAUAAAAGGAUAGAGCCUGCCGAUGCCUAUGUACUACAGAAAACCUUGCGCAAACAGACAGACAGUGCAACUUCCAGGUGAACAGUUCAGAUUGUUGGUUAACAGUUCUUAAUUCUGAUUGGCUGAAAGUUUGUUCUGAUUGGCUAAAUGUUCAUUGUUCUGAUUGGUUAUUCAACCAACAGCUACAUGAUUGAUGCUAACACAGCUGUUGUCCUACAUUUGACUCCAUCUAUAUUUGCAUUGACUUGAAAAUGGGUGCUGAAUACUAAACAGAUUUAAAUAAUAAUAAUGAAUACAUGAAUAAAACAUACAACAAUACAUGAAUAUAAAAAUAAUUAUAACUUAUUUAUUCUGUUUAUUUUAUUUUUGUAUAAACUAUACUGGAUUAAGUAUGCAUACUGUAUAGCAUCUAUUUAGUCAGUAGCAACCAUAGCACCAGUGACUGGUCCUACUGUAGUACCUGUUUUGUUUUUUUUAUCUUUUCUAGACUUUGUUGGUUCUUUAAUUCAGCAUAACAAGUGUGCUCACUCUUCUAAACCAGGCAAUAGUCUACUGCCCUAAUAAAUUGCUCCCACAAUAAAUUCACUGCAACACCAGUAAAUAUUUCUGUUUUUAAGUUUGUUAAAUCUGUGUCUGUUUAUUAUACCCUACAUCUACUGAAUGUAAACUUGUUUAUAUAAAUGUUCCAAGAAAGUCAAAUAAAAAACCAACAUUCAAAAAGCAAUAGGUGAUAUAUAAAUGAAAUGUGUAUUUAUCCGAGGAAAUACGAGAUUGAAGUUACACUUCAUUUUGCAAUACUGGCUUGUGUUGAACAACUUUUAAAAAUGAUCUUCAACGUUUGAAAAUCUUUUUUGUAUAUUUAAGCUGUCAUAUUUAAAAGUGAGUUAAAAUUUUCUUAACAAAUUAACAGAUGCAUAUGUGUCUAGAUAAUUAACUUUCCGCAUUUUGUUCAAGCCCAUAAUCAGCUGGCAAAGUAACAAGCAAAUUUCUAUUAAAAAGUUUUGUAAAUCAAUGAA